AUAACUUUAAACGUUUACUAUAUACUUGGUUUGGAAAUUCAUUGUUUUACAGAAAGUCAUAUAUUGCAUUUGCUUCAUAUAAAGGCUGUUUGAUGAUAAGUGUAGCAUUGUAGAAAGGAAACAUAACGCCGAAAAAUUUCAAUCUAAAAAGUACUCGAUUGAUUGUGCUAAGUAUUUUCAAGUUUUUGUAAUAAAAUGGCUUUAUCAAAAGUUGAGCUUGCUGCGUUGUUGGAAUGCAAGAUUUGUUUAGACACCUAUCAUGAGCCUAAACAACUGAACUGCGGGCACACUUAUUGUCAAGGUUGUCUAGAUGGUAUUUUAUUAUUUAUGGAAGAUGGGAGUGCUGAACUGUCUUGUCCAGUGAGGUGUACUAAAAAGACAACAAUUACUCACGAACAAACAACAUCCUCAUUAAUGAAAGUGUUUACAUUAACUGGCAUUUUGGACAAAGUCUCCCCUGGUGAAAAAGUUAAUUCUUUAUGUCAGCAAAGUAAAGACUGCAACCAGAUGAUCAACUAUUCCUGUACAAAAUGCAGUUUAAAGAUCUUUGAAAAAUGUCAAAACUUUCAUUCUUGUUCCAACAAAUCAUAUAUCAAUGUCAUUUUCAAUCAAAAACUGCAAGAACUCCAACCAUUUUGUAAGCAACAUGACUCGCUUGCCAAAUUUGCCUGUACCGAUUGUGAAAAUUUGUUAACAUGUGUUUAUUGCAAACACCGACAACAUAAGAAUCACAGAAUUAAAUUGAUAGAUGAUUUUGGCCUGGAAGCCAAAAAGUGGUUUCAGUCGUUUAUUACAUCAUUCAAUGAAACAAAAGUGGUGUUGGAAAAGUUAACAAGAAAAUACGGUGACGCUUUAACAAAUUUGGAGAAAGAAAGGGAAGUAUUUGUUCAAAAAUUAAAAGAAAGAAAGUUAAAACGACUAGACGAAUAUCUCAAAAUAAUAAAUAAAGAAGAAGAAGAUCUAUUGCGGAUAUUCGAUGAGAAGUCUGAAGAAUUUAAAGCAAAAUUGACUUGUGAUGGUUUUGUCGACAAUAAGAAAGUACAAGAAUUUACAGAUUACGUUCAAGCUUUUAAUUUAAAAUCUCAUUUUGAGUUAGUUACUGAAAAGUUGGAAAUUGAACGACAACUUCGCAGGCUAUCCUCGUUUCCAAGAACUAUCCCAACAUUCAAUUCACAUCUUCAUCAAAUGAACGAAGCAGAUAUUUUGUCAAAUCCAUUGGGCGAAAUAAAUAUUUCAAUAGAUGACGUCACCACUGUUGGUGUAGAUCUCAAUGAAUGUUCUGUUUAUAGAAACUUGAUUGAUGAAGUUGAAACCCAACCCAACUAUUCACAAUUAACAACUGAUCUAAUGAACUUAGUAGAAAGUCUGAAAAAGUACGAGAAACCAAUUGUAAAUCCUCGUUCUGGAAAACAACCACAGAAUGAUGUAAAGCCAAUAAGUUUCCAGCUUGCUAAGAAGCGUUACUCUUUUAAAGGUAUGAAGGUUUUUAUGUGGUGGAGAUAAUUUUUCUCGAUACACAGUAAUUGUGGUAUUGCUAAAAGACUAUUACUACCUAAAACAGGUUGUAUAUGUAAUAACGUGAGCACAAGUGAUAUAAAAAAAAAAUCUAAAAUUUACAAUCAAAUACACGAAGCUUUUCGUAAAUAAUCCUUAUUUACCUGAAGGUGUUAAGUUUUAUUUAUAAAAAGCUUCGUGUAUUUUAUUGUAAAUUUUAUAUGUUCUUUUUUUAUAUAAUAAUCCUACUAUGGCGAAGAAAACAAUUUAUUGAGCACAAGUAUUAUUCCAAUGCUAUUAAUUCUUAACACUCAUCAACUUUGAAAGUUUUUCUUAAGAUAAAACCAAUAUGAUGAAAGAGAUUUUAGGCGACAAAGACUGGGGUUUGUUCUCUUGCGGUACGCAGAAAUUAGACUUAAUUUAUUCGUCCCUAUAUGUAGUUUUUCAUGAUUAACAGUAGUUUCAAUCCCAUUUCUAACCACUUGUAGUUUACCGUAGUACUAUUACUCCCGUUUUCACCACUCGUAGCACAAUAGAUGUUCUUCUCCACUUCUUCCCACACUGCCCCCUAAAUAUUUAUACUUGCUGCGCCAAUCAAAGCCAGUUUGCCUACUUCCAUUUUAAUUCUUAACAACUCACCGUGUCGUUGUAAUGUCACUUGCCACUUUUAAAAUUUAAAAAAAAACUGUUUGAGAAUCCAAAUAAAACUGCCGCCCUAGAUAACACCUACUAAUGAUAAUUCCUCACUGAACAAUCUAUCCAUGCCCUCCCGUACAAUUACUUCUUGCUAAUAUCGACUAAAUACAUGCCCUAAGCAGCGACUUCCACGCUUUUCUUACAUAUAUAAUUUUAUAAGAACAUGAGACUUUCCUUUCUGGCAAAUACAAAUAACAAAAGAACAACUUUAGGUUCAAAUCGUUGUUUCUAAAACUAAGAACAACCUCAUUUUCGUCGUAAAGUAAGAACAAUACAUAAUGUAAUUUCUCUUGACCCUCAAUAACUUUCACCCAGAACCGUUUUUCUUUAAUAAUUGUCCCCUAGGCGCUUUUAAAAAAGAGUAGCUUGGAAAAGCAUGUGGAUUUUCCUGUUUUCCUUAUUUAGUUUAAAAUUUGUAACUCGCAUUAGAUAUGAUAAACUCGCACUUUAAAAUUUGUAACUCGCACGAGGUAUCAUAAACUUGCAUUUUAAAAUUUGUAACUCGCAAUAGAUAUUUUAAACUCGCAGUUUAAAAAUUGUAACUCGCACAAUGAUACGUUAAACUCGCAGUUUAAAAUUUUUAACUGGCACUAGAUAUGAUAAA